UCCUCUUGGAGGCGGGGCGCUUUGCUAACAGCGAGCAAGGCUCAUAUUGGGCUGAAUGGCGCAGAGCAAUGGCAACGACGGUCCGGAGAUAUCUCGGGUGCUUCUUUCCGUGGGAGGCGGAGGAGGUAUCAGCGAAACACUUUUGCUUGGUCCAAAAUAUACCAAAAAGAAAGACACAACCUUACAGACAACCAGGCUGCCCAGGAGCAACAUUUUGGAUAAGGUGCAGAAUUUUCUACCCCAGAUGGCUAGUGCAAAUAAUCAGCUGAGAAGAGAAAUGGACAGCAAACCUAGCCAAGAGUUUGACAUUGAACAUGUAGAACCUUCGAUGGAAAAAAUAAUUGAAAUGAAUGUGGCCUUAGUAGAACUGAAUGACUGUGAUACAACAGAAUCAGAAGAUGAUUCAGAAUGUGAGGAGACCUCUACCUGUGAAGAAGUUACUGAAGAAAAUAUUAAGUUUCCCUUGUCAAAAAGAGAAGGACGGAUAGAAAUGUUGGACAGUAAAAACUGAGUAGGUGAAUUAGCCUUAUUUUCCUGCUAUUUCAAUAUCUACAUGUAAUCCUCAUGUUCGUUGUGCUGUGUACUAAUAAUCUUGUGUACUUAAUAUGUGGAGAGGUGUAAAAAAAAUCUGUUGUAGGUCUGCUAUCAAGUCAAAUGAAAUUAAGGAUUUCAUUAUAAAAUUGAGGGAAAAGCAGAAAGAAUAAUUGGACCAGACAGAAACAAAAGCAUCAAUAGCUAUGAACUAUCUUUAAUUUAAUCUGUAAUAACAUUACUUAUUAAUACCAACUCUUGGGUUACAUAGAGACCAAUGAAAAUAUCUUUGGGAAACAGAUCAUUUACUCUAGAUUGUUUCAAUGACAAAGUAUUUGGGCUGGUGACCCACUGUUAUAUGUUAAUAGUAAUGGCCUUCCAAAUGAACUAUAUUCCCAACUCCCAGGUCUGGUUGGGAUUCAAGCUCAUUUGUUUGUGCCAAAGGUUACUCACCUUGCGUAAACUGUCCUUUAAGGUCAAGGUGAAAGAAGUGUGUUAGACUGAAAGAUAUUUUUGUUGAUAAGCAGCAUUCAUAAGGGAGAAUGAGGAAUGCCAUUGGGAAUCCAGUAUAUUUUUAAGGUCCAAAAUAUGCUACAAAUCCAAUUGGGAGUUUAUAAUCCCAGCCAGUUUGAGAUCACGUUACAUCUUUGAAAUUAAAAUAUACCUUGUAUUCUCAUAAAUAUUAUUUAAAUAGAAUAAAAAAGAAUUUUUAAGGUGCAUCGCAUUUGCUUUAUACUGUAAAAGGCAUCAACUUGGCAAGAUAAUGCCAGUUUGAACUGAUGUUAGUUUUAUUCUUAUGGACAAUUUGUUAUGAUUAUGCAUUUUUACUGGAGCAUACGUUGCACUGAAUAAGAUCUUAUUUCUGAAUAAAUAUUUGAGAUGUUAUUGCUUACUGGAGCAUACAUUACACUGAAUAAGAUCUUAUUUCUGAAUAAAUAUUUGAGCUGUUAUUGCUUACUGAAAAUGGGGUUGGAUACAAAUCAGGAAUGUUUGUCAUGAAAAGUCAAAUUGGCUGAACAUUCUGAAAAAAUUGGCUGAACAUUAGCAAUAAUUAAUAGCCCUAUACUGUACAUGGUAGAUUAUGGUCCAUAACCUUCAGGGAACAGGACCAUCAUGCAGUGUAUUGAUUUGAGUUGAUAAUAAUUGUAAUACAUAAAUAUAAAUAAAAUUUAGGUGUCCUUGCACAACCCACCCAAAUUUUCUAUUUAUUUUCCAUAGUACCGGUAUAUUCCUGGAAAGCUCACACACAAGAUACAAAUGCAAAAUAUCUUUCUGUUUAGAUAGAGCAACUAUCUGUUUUGAGAUGAACAUUACCGUAGUCUUAUCUUUCUGUUCACUGUAUUUAAUACCACAAUGUUGUACAUCGUUUUCAAUUAAUAUUUUGCAAUUGCAAGUAGUAAAUACAUUCAAAACCUGG